AUGCUUUCCCCAGUUCGUCUGCUCCCUCUGGUUGGGAGUCUUCUCCCAUUCGUCUCCGGACGGCCGUCUACCAGUCCUUCCGUGGUUCUUCCUCCUAGCGAAGAUCCUUUCUACAGUGCUCCACAUGGCUAUGAGACCAAACUCCCCGGAAGCGUUCUGCGCAUACGCCACGCACCAGGUAAUCUGACAGCCUUGGUCAGCAAUGCCUCCGCAGCAUACAACAUUGUUUAUCGUACUACGGAUAGCCAAUAUCGCCCUUCAUGGGCCGUGACCACCGUAUUUGUCCCUACAACUCUUCGCCACAAGAAAGCUUCGUCCUUACUCUCCUAUCAAACUCCAUAUGACUCCCAUGACGUCGACGCCAGCCCCAGUUAUGCAAUGUACUCUUCUCCUCCUAUAGAUGUCUCCCUCGCGCUGAAUGAGGGUUGGUACGUCAGCGUCCCCGAUUAUGAAGGUCCUCUCGCGUCCUUCACCGCGGGUGUACAGUCCGGCCACGCUACACUCGACUCCAUCCGGAGCAUCCUUUACUCCCAUGCUACCUUGGAUUUCAAGACUUUGUCCUCCAUAGCUCUAUGGGGAUACUCCGGUGGUGCUCUUGCCAGCGAAUGGGCCACGGAGCUACAAGGGCAAUACGCCCCGGAGCUCUCUCUUUCCGGUGCUGCCCUCGGCGGUCUCACGCCUAACAUCACCAAUGUGAUGGACACCGUCACUGGUACACUUAGCGCGGGUCUCAUCCCCGAAGCAGUCCUUGGUUUGGCGAGUCAAUACCCGGCUACCUACGAUUAUUUGGUCAGUCAAUUGAAAAAGGAGGGAAAGCAUAAUCGCACGACUUUUCUCAUGGCAAAGGAAAUGACCCUCUCCCAGGCAGAGGUUUCCUUCGUUGGUCAGAAUGUCUUUGAUUACUUCGUCAAUGGCUCAGAUACCUUCAAAGCUCCUGUUGUGCAACAUGCGCUAAACAGGGACGGUUACAUGGGAUACCAUGGCGUUCCUCAAACUCCGAUAUAUGCGUACAAGGCGAUCAAUGAUGAGGUCAGUCCUGUUGCUGAUACCGACUCUCUGCUGGAGAGAUAUUGUGGCGUUGGGGUAAAUAUCCUAUAUGAACGGAACACGAUCGGCGGGCACAGUGCGGAGGGUACCAAUGGUCAUGCGAACGCCUUCAAGUUCAUAUCCUCCGUCUUGGGUGGGUCAUACGAUCAGUUAUACCAGACGGUGGGAUGUACCAUCAGGGAUGUAACUAUUAAUAUUACUAACUCGGUGCUAUAA